GGAAGAGACACCAACCGCUUUGGCCGAAAGCAUGGUGGCCGGUGUUUUCGAGGCCUGCGGAUUGAUAAGCGAUUCCGUACCGGUGCUGCCACCUCUUUUCUUCACGCUGAAGAGGAUUUAGCUUGUCAACAUACAUUUGAUCUAAUUGACUCAAACCUGGCCGCGAGUAAGGGGACUGGAGUCAAGGCAUCUGGAUCAAACGGGGCAGAUGAGUUAUCCUAUUUUGCAGCAUCCGAGGCUUCUGGGGGCUGGCCGUCCAACGAGGCAGCCUUGCAACCAAUGAGUCCCGUAGCCGGUGUCUAUCGGGUCUGGUGCUUUUGCUGCAUGACAACCAAUAUGCCUAAUACUGAACCCCAAUGUAGACUUGUUUGCUGCAAGUACCGCGGAAAUUUUCUCGUCAGCCUCUAUUUCUUCGUAAAGCUGCUCUACUUGUCCAAUCUUAUCGCCCAGAUUUACAUGCUCGAGUCAUAUACGGGUGUCAAGUACAGCUUCUAUGGAAUCCGUGUGCUCUACGACCUUGCCAUGGGUCGCGACUGGGAAGAGUCUGGCCAUUUUCCCCGCGUCACGUUUUGUGACUUUGAGGUCAAGAAGCUGGCACAAAGCCACCAGUAA